GCGCUGUUGGGGUGUGUGGAGGCGGGAGUGCGGUGGGGCUGCUCCGGUUCGUGAGGGGGACCGGGUCCCGGCGUGCUUCGGGGAAGUCUCGGUGCGCGCAGGGACGGACUCCACCUCGGCUGAACCCCCCGGGACUCGCUCCUGCUUUCCUAAUUCCUCGGUGCCUGCGGGGACCGGUCUGGUCUCUGUGAGCUCCCGGCUGCCCUCAAGGACCGGCCCGGCUCCGGCCCCGCUGAGCCCCCUGUGCCCGGCAUGGGGCUGCUGGCCCAGCUAGUCCGUGGGCUGGUGCGCGGCGCCGACCGCGUGUCGCCGUUCACUAGCAAGCGCGGACCCCGGAGCCACAACAAGGGCCGCGGUGCCAAGAAGCUGGGCGUGCUCACCCGCAACAAGAAGUUCCUCCUCGUCAAGGAGAUGGUGCCCGAGUUCGUCGUGCCUGACCUGACGGGCUUCAAGCUGCGGCCCUACGUGUCGUACCGCGCCGCCGAGGGCUCCGAGCCUCCCAUGACGGCCAAGCAGCUGUUCGACGAGCUGGUGGCUCCGCGCAUCGAGAAGGACGUGAAGGACGGCACAUUCGACCCCAACAACCUGGAGAAGUACGGCUUCGAGCCCACGCAGGAGGGCAAGCUCUUCCAGCUCUUCCCCAAGAACUAUGUGCGGUAGGAAGCGGGCAGUGAUACCGCCGGCCAACACGGGACAGGCGCCGUCACUGAACAUUAAAGCAAAUCCUUCUACCUUGUUCCUCUGUAAUAUCUGAUUUAAAUCCUGGGGGGAGUCUGUGGUUUGAUUUCCCAUCCAUGACUGGUAGUUCCUCUGGGAAGCAGUUGUGCCUGGUGAGCAGAGCCCUCUCAGGGGGUUCUGAAGGUGAGAGGUCUGUGACGUUUCUAAAUACAAAGUACUGCAAAGUUGAAGAAUUAAACUUUAAAAAUUAAA